AAUUAUUUUUUUCCAAUCUGCAUCGUCAGGCCUAAACGUCUGUGCGUGACAGCUGCAAAGCGCUGCUGUUUCCCACUGCCGAAGCUUACACGUGUGGUGUUUUCAGCUGGGCAGCUAGAGCGUUUGUACUGAUGCUGCUCUGGCAGUUGUUUUUCGUUAUUUGCGGCAUCUGGUGUAGCUGUGUAAAGCAUCUGCGCGGGGAGCUGAAGUGCUGCGGGCUGCCCUUCCCGUCUUGCUUUAGUAUUUUAAGAAAGAUACUGCUGCUGUCGUGCAACGGUGGCAAUUACACCGCCCAAACCGCAGUAAUAUUACAGAAUUCAGGAGGGGAGAACACCCGGAGGUUAUUGGCUUUGUUAUAAAUUAUUUCCUUAGAGCUAAAGAUAAGCAGUAGUCUAGACCUUUCAAAUGCCACAGUAGUUUACCUGCUGUGUCGACAGCAUGUUGGAAAGAGUGGGCAUGCACGGUAACCUGCAUUUCAAAGGUCACAGUGCUGCUGCUGCUUCAGAGCCAGCAGCCCGGCGUCAUGGCUGGCUGGAAGAUCCGCUCUGUUUUGCUGAUCACGCUGUGCCAUUGCUGUCAAAGAUGUAUUCCAAGUGGAAUUUCAACACAUGUUGAAAUAGCACAUAGAGCUCUGGAAUUUUUCAGUAAGCAUGAAGGGAAUGUUAAUUAUAGACAGUUGUUACUAAACCAUCAAGAUGCAUUUCAGGCUGGGAGCAUUUAUCCUGAUGCCUUUUAUCCUUCAAUCUGCAAAAGUGGAACAUUCCGUGAUGUCUCUGAAGACACUCACUGGUCACCAUUUCUCAAUGCAAGUAUUCACUACAUCAGAAGGAAUUAUCCUCAGCCUUGGGAAAAGGCUACAGAGAAGCUGGUGGCUUUCCUGUUUGGAAUUGCCUCUCAUAUGGUGGCAGAUGUUAGCUGGCAUAGCCUGGGCAUUGACCAAGGAUUUCUAAAGGCCAUGGCAGAGAUUGAUUUUCAUGGUUCCUACUCAGAAGCUCACAAUGUUGGUGAUUUUGGAGGAGAUGUACUGAGUCAGUUUGAGCUGGACUUCAGUUAUCUGGUGCCAAAUUGGUAUGUACCUGUCAAAGACCUAGCAGCUAUCUAUCAGGAAUUUUAUGGAAGAGAGAUCAUAACGGAAGACACAAUUAUUGACUGUACUUACCUGCUGUUUCUUGAACUGCAUGGAGAAAGGCUUGCUGUUGCCAAGCUUUUUCCAACAUAUGCUAGUAAAUCUCCAUUUCUGGUGGAGAAGUUCCAUGAUUAUUUCCUCGGAGGAGUAGAUGACAUGGCAUUUUGGACAAACAAUAUUUUUGAGCAGACGAGCCAUAUGCUAGAGAGUGGAACCAGUGGCUGCUUCCUGCCUGAGAACCCUCUGUUUAUAAAAUGCACAAGGGAACACAAGAACAACUACAUAAGUAAACAAUCCAAAAAUGAAGGCUACAAGAAUACAACUUCUUCACUUACAGUAACAAUUAAAAAGAAUGUGAAGUACACAGAGAGAGGAGUUCACUUCAAUAUACAAUCUUGGGCAACAAAUUCCCUCCACUUCAUAAACAAGGUUUUUGCAACAAAUGUCUGGAGAGUGUUGGCAGCCACACAUCAGCAAUCUUCUAAGCACAUCUCCAAGCCAGCAGCAUCAUAUUUUUUGACUUUACCUUAUGCUAGACUUGGAUGGGCAAUGAUCUCAGCUGACCUAAACCAGGAUGGAUAUGAAGAUCUGGUGGUUGGCGCACCAGGAUACAGCACGCUGGGCCACGUUCAGAUAGGACGGGUAUAUAUAGUCUAUGGCAAUCAGUCAGGUUUGCCUCCAGAGGACAUGGAUCUAGAUGAGAAAGCCGACCAAGUACUAGAGGGUCAUCAGCCUUCAGGCCGGUUUGGUUCUGCCUUGGCAGUCCUGGACUUCAAUGAUGAUGGAGUGCCAGAUCUGGCAGUUGGAGCACCUUCUGUAGGAUCUCAGUUUCUCACUUACAAAGGUGCUGUAUACAUGUAUUUUGGCACUGAGGGAAGAGGCUUGGCAUCUCAACCAAACGUUACCCUAACUUGUCAGUAUUCCUACUGUAACCUUGGUUGGUCCCUCCUGGCAGCUGAUGUUGAUGGGGAUGGAAAUGCUGAUCUGGUUGUUGGCUCUCCAUAUGCACCUGGUGGUGGACAGCAGAGAGGAUUUGUGGUUGCAUUCUACUCUUAUUUCAACAGAAGUGGCCAAGGUCUGCUCUCAGUAGAGGAUGCCAACUGGAUGGUGAAGGGGGAAAAAAACUAUGCUUGGUUUGGAUUUUCACUUGACAGCUGUCAGUUGGAGAACAAAACAUUACUGCUGAUUGGUAGCCCUACAUGGAAGAGUUGUGUUGGCUGCAACCCCUUCUCAUCGGAUGCCAGACAGAGCAUUGGGAAGGUGUAUGGCUAUAGUCCACCAAGAACAGAACACUGGUUUGCAGUAACUGGAGACAAGGAAAUGGGCAGAAUGGGUAUGUCUCUCGCCAGUGGUGUAGUAUCUGUAGCUGGGAUCACAAGGACCGUUCUGGUGGUGGGCGCACCUACCACAGACAGUCUUUCUAGGAUUUCGUUUAUAUCUUCAGUGCUGCACCAAGCUGGAUUGGCUCUGAUGUAUGAUCUGACAGACAUUGCCAAGCCUUCUUUGCUCAGUACUUUCAGUGGGGACAGAAGGUUUUCUCGCUUUGGAGGAGAUGUAUACUUAAGUGACUUGGACAACGAUGGACUAGAUGAAAUGAUUGUGACAUCCCCACUGCGAAGUAACGAUAUCACCACAGUACUGUUCAGCGGGGCAGCUGGCCGUGUUUACAUUUACAGUGGAAACCAGACAACUUCAGGGCAUGUGACAGGUCAUUGCAAAUCGUGGAUAUCUCCCUGUCCUGAGGAGCAGGCACAAUAUGUCCUGAUUUCUGCUGAGGAACAAUCAAGAUUCGGGAGUUCUGUUAUCACUGUGAAAUCUGAAAGAAAGAGAGAAGUUGUAGUAGCAGCAGAGAGAAGUUCAGUGAAAGCUCGACUUGGUGGAAGGCUUUUUGUCUACUCUCUCUAAAGUAGUCUCUAAGACCAGGCCAAUGCUGGUCUUUUAUUGAAGAAUCUGUAUAGUAUCUGUGAUACUUUCCUUAACCCAUACAAACCAAUCCCACAUGACAGCAAACUGCAAUAGGUAGAUAGUGGAGUCCCAGACAUUAUCAAGGAAUGCCAGCUGGUUAUUUUUUAAGUGACAGGGAAUAUGAGCAUCAUGAUGGUUUGACAUACAAACCAAUCAAAGCUAAGUAAGUCAAGUUAGAGGGCAGAUUAACUCCACAGUGAGUGGUAGUAUUUCUUGAGCUAGAACAAGCAAGCUGGCCUGAAAAACUUCUAAAAGAUUGAAAUGAGUAGGAAAAUGGAUUUGGUUGGCCAUAUUUGGCUGUAUAAGGAAUGGUCCAGUGCUUGUGUCAGCUGCAGCCCUUGUUAACAAGUCACUUUCACAUAAGGUAUAUACUACACUGCAUAAAGCAAGUAAUAAAAUUAGUAGUUCACUGUGCUAUUGCUUGCCCAAACUGUAGGAAUCCCUCUAAGCCACCUUACCUUACACACCCCUCUGCAAUAAACUCUCACAGCAGCACACAGCUCUCCAUUGUCCACCUGUCCUCCCUAGUCAGAUGCUGUGUUCCGGCCAGGCUGCAUCAGGGACAGAACACACCUUUCUAGUGGCGUAAGUGUCUUAAACUGGCUGCUAGUGACCGCACAAUGCUAACAGACUUCCAAAGAUCAACCAGCUGAAGAGAAGAAAUAGCAGCUGUAUACCAAUGAAGAGACUUUCACUUAUUAGUUAAAUGCUUCAAGUAAGGGAAUUAAAGAGUGGUCAGUAUAGCCUGUUGUAGCAGAGGAUCUGCUUUUGUGCCUUACCCACCUUGGAGAGACUCAUUCCAUAGCUGCGCUGCUUGUCCUGCCCCUGGUUUACGGGUGGGUGUCUUCAAUAUCUGAACUCUGUCCAGCAACCACCCUUUUCCAUUUACCUUUCAAGGCUCCAUGCAGGGACUGAAAAAUGAUAUACUUUCCCUGACUGCUGAAAGUUACAACUUCAGCGCCCCAGACCACUUCCUAAAUAAUUUACUGGUCAGGUCUGAGUACUUUCUUGACACAAUGAAGAUGGAGUUCACCCUACAUUCCUAGGGCUAUAGACAGUAAUUCUAAGAAAGACAUCAUAAAUCAGUGUCAAAAUAAUAAGCAUGGAAGAAGGGCAGCUCUAAGCCAGACAUAUAUGGGUGGGAGAACCAGGUGUAUACCAGUCCAAAGGAUUGUCUCUGGCAAGUCUUCAGGCCCCCCAUUAAGACUGUUGAAGAGCUGGAUUCUCCCAGGGAGAAUGCAUGCGAGAAUGAAUCAUUUUUAGAAAACACUCUUGCUGUCACACUCAUAACUGAGACUACUGGGAGACUUGUUCUUUCUGCUUUCAUGUAAAAUUCAAUGACUGUAACAACGUAGCAUUGUGCUUUUAUUGUUAACAGUGUUGUCUUCAGCUAAUUAACACUAAUUUUGUAUGAUGCAGGUUAACAAUACAUGCAUUGAUACGGAAUUAAAUAACUUAAGCAGCAAUAUGUGAUUUGUUAUUAUCCAGGCUAGUCCACAGACAUAUGGAUAUGUGUUUUCUCUCUUGCCUCCCUCACAAUAAGGCAUUAUUUUUUAAGUCAGUCAGUGGCAUAGCACAGAAUUCUGAAGGCUGACAUAUCUCAACUUACCUUCUUCGGAAAUCUCUCAAGGAUGUUGUCUUUAUGACAAGUUGAAUAUUAGCUUGAUGCACGAUAUAUUUUCUGACCUGUACUUUGAAGAGAAUCUAUUUAAAUUGCCCAAACACCACCACUAAAAAACCUGAGAAAUCUAAACAUUACGAAAGAAAUAACUGGGAGCACAGUACUUACCUUACUCAUCUGUGAAAAGUGGCGAGAGGCAAAACCUGUACCAUAUUUACGAGGGCAGAGUACGGAAAAAGUUUUCCUUUUUUAAAUAAAAAUUGCUGAUACCAGGUUUUUUGGGUUACAAUUCCAUUCUGAAUAUAUGGCUUCCUUUUUUUUCCCUGUAUGAUCUCAGAAUAAUUUUAUUCCACAUGAAUGCAUUUUGGUUCCUUGUUAGAAAACCAUUAAACACUUGCAUGUGUCUGUGGAGAGAAAGGCA